AAAUAGAAAACUUUGUCUCGGUCUUCGUUUUAAUGUAAUUAAAGCAAAGAGGAUGGAUAUCAAUGGCGCUUCUGUGAAAGCAGCAAAAGCAAAUCCUUAAGGCCGCGAGUGGGAAAACCCCGAUUUGCCCUCUUUCUCUUUCUCUCUCUUUCUCGUUCCAAAACAAGAUAGAUUUGCUUUCUUCUUCCUCUCUCUUUGAUUUUUGCCCCAUUUCUUUUAUCUUCUUUGAUUCUGCAAAUUCUUCUUAUAAUCCUUCUUUUCAUAUGCUCUGUUUUUUUCACUUCUUAUGGCUUCUGUUUAGUUGCUUCUCUUGUGGGUCGGUUUUCAUUAUCCUUAGCUUCUUCUAUAAGAUCUUAUCUUCAUUCUGCUUACAAAUUAAGCUGUUGAAAUGACCCAUUUCGUUGGUUCUUGAAAGCGAGAGACGAAUUUCUCUGGUUUUCUAUAGGUACGAUUAAGAGGGUUUUGGUUUGAACUUCCAUUUUUGCCGCUGUUCUUCAAAAGGGGGAUUCGGUGAUUCGGGGUUUGAGGGUUUUCAUUUUUGAUUGAUGGGUUCGAAUACCCACCACAGUUUUCAGCAACCCAAUUCGGCGUUGCUUCGAUUUCGCUCUGCGCCCAGUUCUCUGCUUGCGGAUUACGCUCAGGGGAUUGAUUCUAAGCGCUCCAAUCCCUUCGAAUGCUCUGAAUCGGAGCGGAUGGUUUCUAGAUUUGGGAGUCGUAAUGGCUCCGAAUCUCCGGCGCUCGGAAACUACUGUUCUGGUCUUCCGCCGCAUUAUCCCCGCCCGAGCACCGCCGUGAACUGUUCUUCUUCCUCUUCUUCUUCUUCUUCUUCUUCUUCUUCUUCUUCUUCCUCGUCUUCAUCUUCUUCUUCCUCUUCUUCUUCUUCAAUGAGUAGCUCUCUUGGUUUUUUGGGUUCUAAUCUUGUUCGUCAGAGUAGCUCUCCUGCUGGAGUUUUCUCUCAACUCAAUCAAAAUGGCUAUGGUGGGGGAAGUUUUAAUAGGCUGAGUGGUAGCAAUAACAAUGGUGGAGGGGAACUUAGCUUCUCCUCUUUGCUGCCUUCUUCUCUGGGAAUGCUUUCUCACAUCUCUGAACAAGUAAUUGGGAAUGAAAAGCUUACAAAUACCAAUGGAGAGCCUCAGUUCUUUACUCCGACCGGGUUCCCGUUCGCUUCCUGGAACGAAUCGUCGCAGUUUUCCGAGCCUUUUCCUGUCGUAAAACACGACCCGGAUAGUAAUAGGAAGUUGUUUUCUAGUAGCCAUCAGAACGGCGAGAUCGGGAACCGAGUUCAUUUACUAUCGCACCGUUUGAGCUUGCCGAAGAACACAUCCGACAUAGCUUCCAUUGAGAAGUUGUUGCAGCUCCAAGACGCUGUUCCUUGUAGAAUUAGAGCGAAACGAGGCUGCGCUACUCAUCCACGCAGCAUCGCCGAACGAGUACGACGAACUCGAAUCAGCGAGCGUAUGAGGAAGCUACAAGAUCUUGUACCGAACAUGGACAAGCAAACGAACACGGCCGACAUGUUGGACUUAGCAGUCGACUACAUCAAAGAGCUUCAGAGACAGUUCAAGACGUUGAGCGAUAACCGAGCGAAUUGCGUGUGCGUGAAUACACAGAAGGCAGUAUCAAAUCAGAUAAUACAAUGAGACGUGGAUGGGGACGGGGACGGAGACGGAGAUGAAGGAAGUAAGGUUGUUGUUAUACAAUAUAAAUAUGUGGUUUGUAAGGAAUAAGAAGAG